CCCGGCGUGCUCCGCGCGCUAGCUAGCACCUGCCGCUGGGCGGGCGGAGAGGGGCCGAGAUGGCGGCGGCCGGUCCCGGGGCGACUCGGCUGCUCCUGCUCUUGCUCCUGGCGGCAGCAGCUCCCAGCCGGGCCCGAGGGAGUGGCUGCCGGGCCGGGGCCGCCGCGCGGGGGGCUGGGGAUGGCCGAGAGGGCGAGGGCUGCGGCUCCGUGGGCCUGGUGCUGGAGCACUCCUUUGAGACCGAUGACAGCGCCCACUUCCGGAAGCGGGGCUCACUCCUCUGGAACCAGCAGGAUGGCACCGUGUCCCUGUCCCAGCGGCAGCUCAGUGAGGAGGAGCGGGCCCGGCUGCGGGAUGUGGCAGCCCUGAAUGGCCUGUACCGGGUGAGGGUCCCCCGGCGGCCAGGGGCCCCCGAGGGUGCAGAAGCUGGUGGCUACGUCUCCUCCUUUGUCCCCGCGUGCUCCCUGGUGGAGUCGCACCUCUCGGACCAGCUGACCCUGCACGUGGACGUGGCCGGCAACGUGGUGGGCGUGUCGGUGGUGACGUACCCCGGGGGCUGCCGGGGCCAUGAGGUGGAGGACGUGGACCUGGAGCUGUUCAACACCUCGGUGCAGCUGCAGCCGCCGCUCACGGCGCCGGGGUGA